CUCUACCUCCUCCUCCUCACGGCCCCAGCACCACCCCUUCCACCUCCACCACCGCCGCCGCCGUCGCCGCUGCCAUCACCUCCUCUCCCCCAGCUGCCGUUGUUCUCCCCCUAAUCUUCACUCUCAUUUCGCUGCUCUAUGUUUUAAUUUUCUAGAGCGAUCAUCCACUCCCACCAAAUCGCGUCGGCAGGAUAAUACUCCCUUUCGUUUAAAAGAAGGAAAAAGAAAAGCCUUUCCAUCAAAACAGAAGUCGAUUGGAGGAGCUACUCUUAUUAUCAUAUUAACAAGCAAGAGAGGAAGCGUGGAAGAGAGACGUAAAUUCUUCUUGGUGGGAACAAGGAUUAGCUCCAAUGACGAGGAGCGACGGCGGAGGGAGCGGGAAUGGGGGUCUGAAGAAGGGGCCGUGGACGGCGGCGGAAGACGCGAUCCUGAUGGAGUACGUGCGGAAGCAGGGAGAGGGCAACUGGAACGCCGUCCAGAAGAACACCGGGCUGGCCCGCUGUGGAAAGAGCUGCCGUCUCCGCUGGGCCAACCACCUCCGCCCCAACCUCAAGAAGGGAGCCUUCUCCCCUGACGAGGAGCUCCUCAUCCUCCGCCUCCACGCCCAGCUCGGCAACAAAUGGGCCCGCAUGGCCGCCCACUUGCCGGGAAGGACCGAUAAUGAGAUCAAGAACUACUGGAACACGAGGAUCAAGCGGCGGCAGCGCGCCGGUCUCCCACUCUACCCUCCAGAUGUCCAGCGCGAGUUGGCCUUCAAACGGCAACGCCUCCACCACAACCACCCACCCUCCACCAACCCCCCUGCUCCCCUACUCACUAACAACACCACCAUUACCCAUUUCUCGAGCACCUCGUCUUCACUAUUGGAUCCCACUGGCUACUUCUCGACACCGAUGCUGACAACUUUUAAUGCACCGUUGCCACUUCCAGGCCACCACCUUCACUUUCCCUCGAGUGGUAUGUUUCAUACUCAGCAGCAGCAGCAGCAACAGAUGGAAUUUAAUUUGGGGAGUUUUGGCUUGAACUCACUUCCGCUGCCGCCACCCGUUUUCCCGAACAAAAUGGAGCUUCCAUCGACCCAAAUGUUCACAGCGCUGCCUUUCAGUGGAGGCCUUCUGGAUACCCUCUUGCAGGAGGUGCAGCCUGGUGGCCAUUUGCAGAGCAAUGGGCUGCUGCCGGAACUGGUUUCCGGCGACCAGGACGUGAAAUUGAGCCACCUUUGUGGUGGUGGUGUUGGUGGUGAAGGCGGUGGCAGCAGAGGAGUUACUUUGCCGCAGGAUGGACUCAUGGAGUCUGCUGUCAAGUGGACUGAUUCGAACUGGUCCAUUGGAACUCAGAUGAAGAAAGAACCAACAGAAAAUGAUACUAGUCCUGUGGAGGAGGACAUAUCUCAACUUCUCAAUAUGAUCCCAACUGUGAAUGCAGCAGCAGCAACACCGGUCUCUGAAUGGUAUAAAAGUGAUAGUGGAGAGAUCUCAAAUGGGCACUCAUCAGUUGUCACUGAAGAACACAUUGGGCUCGAGAUGCAGCAACUGGUUUCGUCGCUCUCAAAUCCCCCAGAGGGCCCAGAUUUGAGCAUCAGGUCCUACCCCUGGAGCAACAUGCCAGGGAUUUGUUGAUACUCAAACAGUAAUAUAGUGUAAGGACUUUGCUUUCUUUGUGAAGGUGGUUGGGUACCUCGAGUUCUCUGAGCUUAUUAUUUGUGAAAGAGGUUACAUUGGCUAUGUAAUUUUAUGAAAUUUGAUCUACCGAACACUUCUAAUGUACUUCAUUCUUUCUGUUUUUGUGUAA